AUGUACAUUGUCAAAAGCUCUGGACAAGACAAGGAACAGGGCGGCACAUUUGUCUGUAUCUUUACAAUUCCAGAUAAGGAGCUUUCCGAAGUGAGACAUUUGUUUGUGGAUAAAGUGUCCAAAGAAAUUAUUAACCAGCUCCUGGACUGCCUUUUGGAAGAUGGCGUCUUGAAUCAUGGAGAGAAAGAUUCAAUUCUUCAAGAGAACGUCAACAGAGCCGACAAGGCCCGCAAUCUCUUCGACACAGUGUUGAGAAAAGGAAAGGAAGCCAGCAGGAAGAUGGUCGGUCGCCUGGAACAAAAGGACUCAACGCUUCACAAAGAACUGGGUUUGUCCUCUGCUCAGUCUGCUCAGCCAGCUGCAUCACCCCAGAUGGCUCAAAGUGGGUCCGCUACACUUGAAUGCACAAUCGAAGAGUUCUGGAAAACCAAACAGAAUGACUCAAACGUUUACCCGGUGGCGAAAGUGUCCUAUAAGAAUCGUGUCGCACUGCUGAUCACGAACAUCAAGUUUUCUCACGAGACACAAAGGUAUGGAGCCGAGAAGGACGAGGAGAACAUGGAGAGACUGUUUCAAAGUUUAGGAUAUGAGGUGGUGAAAUAUAGAAACCUCACAGGAAAGGCGAUCGAGGAAGCUUUAUUUAAGUUUGCUGAACAUUCCAAACUAAAAGAGGCUGACAGCGUGUUUGUGGUCAUCAUGUCUCAUGGAAAGCUUGGAGCAGUUUUGGGGGUUGACUGGAAACAAGGUGAUAAGGACCCAGAUGAGUUUCCCAUCAACAACAUUUUCACAAUCCUGGGUCCAAAGAAAUGUCCGGGGCUGAUAAACAAACCCAAGAUCAUCGUCAUCCAGGCCUGCAGAGGAGAUAAGACAGGAUCUGUUUUUCUCAGCGAUGGUCCAAACCAAGUUGAUGACGCUCCACGACCCAGAGAUGAAGACUUUGAGGAAGACAAUGUUCAGUGGGUACACAAAGAAAAAGACUUCAUUUCUCUUCUCUCCUGCACUCCUGAUACGGUGUCCUACAGACAACCAAAUCAUGGCUCUCUCCUCAUUCAGUACAUUAAUGAAAUCUUCAAAGCUGACGCGCAUCGGGAACACAUUCAGGAGCUUUUCCGAAAAGUCAUGCAACGUUUUGAAGGUGUCACCUUCGGGAGCCGGCUGCAGAUGCCAACCAUAGACAGGUCCACGCUGACUAAACACUUUUACCUCUUUCCGGGACUUGUGGACCCAAAUCUCUAA